AUGAGAAAUAUAAAUAAUAUAAAAGGAAUUACUUCUAAAAUAUUUUUAAAUUCUAACUCAACAAAUUUUAUACUAAAUUCACCCCCAAUAAGGUUAUCAUAUCUUGAAACGCAAAAAAGAUUCAAUUCUGGUAGACCCGGUCCUCGUAAAGGGUUUUUUUCAAAUUUUGUAAAUAAUUUACGUGAAGAAUUAUCAAAAAAUGAGGAUUUAAAGAAGAAUAGUGAAGCUUUGGAAAAAAGGUUAAAAGAAUUACAGGAGACUGAGGCUUUGAAAGAAGCAAGAAAAAAAUUUGAUAUUGUUGAAAAGGAAACAUUUAAAGGUAGUGAUGUGGUUAAACAUAAAGUUAUUGAAUUAAAAGAUCAUGUAAAAAAGGCGUAUAGUGAAUUUGAAAAAACAGAGGCAGGAAAAAAAGUAACUGAAGCUGGAGCAGAAGCAAUUAAAAAAGCUAAAGAAGCUGCUGAGAUUGCUGGUAAUGUAGCUGGAAAAGUUGGUGAAACAGAAGUUUACAAACAUGUUAGUGAUGCAGCUAAAGAAAUUGAUAAGAUAGCUGAUGUACAUAUGUACAAAAAACCUGAACAAUUACAAAUGAGAACUUCUGAAUUGGAUAAAGCUUUUGCUAAUAGACCUAUUAAAGCCAAUACAGAGGCUACUGGUAUAACAUUACAUAAAAAUGCUAAAUGGUAUGCUGGUUGGAAGGAGUAUACAGAAAAAAAUCCAUAUUAUAAUAAAUUAUUAGAUCUUAAAAUGAAAUAUGAUGAAAGUGACAAUCUUGCUGUUCGUAUGUUACGUAAUGUAACAGAAAAACUUUCAACAGUUUUUACUACCAAUUCACCUGAAGGAGAAGUUUUGAGAGAGGUAUGUAAGAUGGAUCCAUCAUUUAAUGUAGAUGAAUGGUUAAAAUUUGUUGAAAAACAAAUUAUACCAAAUAUUUUGGAAGCAUAUAUAAGGAAUGAUCUCAAAGUUCUUGAAAGUUGGUGUCAUGAAAGAGCUUACAAAGUUUUGGCAAUGACUUUGAAAGAAUUUCAAGAAAUCGGUUACAAUAUCAGUGAGUCAAAAGUUAUUGAUGUUAGUAAAGUUGAAUUGAAUACUGGAAAAAUGAUGGAACAAGGACCUGUAUUUGUUAUUAGUUUUCAUGCUUUCAUGAUAAAUGUUGUUAAAAAUAGGGAGGGUAAAAUUAUUCAAGGUGAUGAUAAAAAUCCAGUACGCGUCACUCAUAUAUGGGUAAUGUGCAGAGAUAUGGAGGAAUACAAUCCAGCAACAGCAUGGAAAGUUCUUGAAAUUCAUAUGCACGAAUCACCUAUCUUAUUUUAA